CAUUUUUUUUCCAAGUACUAGCUCGUAUAUUAUCUCUGCUCAGAAGGUUGGUGGUACAGUCACGUUGACUCUAGGUCGCUGGAUGUGUAUGGCAAAUGUAGCCUCGUUUCUUUCUUAUAUUGGUAUCCCCACAACUCUUUAAAAAUUCCGCCCAAAAAGAGAACAGCCUUUACCGAAACAUUUUGGCCGCUAUCUUACGGCGCGGCACUCCCUGCGCAGAUUAACGGCGUUUGCGCGGAAGGGGCGGUGCUCCACCGAGAGCAGGUGGACUUCAACGCCGAGCCGCCUUGGGAACCCAGCUGAUAGAGGGAGCGGCUCCGUCUCCCGAUUGAUCUGGUUUGAUGCAUUAUUGCAGGACCCCAACCGCUUGCCCUCGACUCUGACCGGACAGCUUCCUUUAUGGUUGUCGGAUUUGCGGAACACGGCUGAGAUGAAAGGACUUUGCGAUGAACCGAACUACACCAUUGACGUUUUGGAGGGAGGGGUGACCCUCGGCAACGUGAUCGAUGACCAUAUUUACGAGCAGGAGCUGGCUGAGAGGAGCGCGUUCUUCGUGGCGGACCUCGGGGUCCUGACGCGGCAGCACGCGCUGUGGCAGACCCACGUGCCCCGGGUGCGGCCCUUCUACACGCUCAAGUGCAACAGCAGCCCCGCGGUGGUCCAGGUCCUGGCUGCCCUCGGCACCGGCUUCGUCUGUGCCAACAAGAGCGAGGUAGCCCUGGUGCAGAGCUUUGGGGUCGACCCCGAGAACGUGAUCUACGCCGGUGCCUACAAGCAGCUCUCCCACAUCAAACACGCCGCCAAGGCCGGCGUCCACCUGCUGGCGUGCGACAGCGAGAUGGAGCUGCGCAAGAUCGCCCGCUGCCACCCCGGCGCCAGGCUGCUGCUGCAGGUGGCCACAGCCGGCUGCCAGGAGGAGAUGAGCAUGAGCUUCGGCUGCUCGCUCAAGAGCUGCAGACACCUGCUACAGUGCGCCAAGCUGCUGGGCCUGCAGGUGGUGGGAGCCAAGUUUCACGUCCCCGUUGCCUGUAGCAACCCGCUAGCCUACUGUCACGCAGUGUCUGAUGCCCGCUGCGUAUUUGAUAUGGGGGAGGAGCUGGGCUUUAACAUGACGGUCCUGGACAUCAGCAUUGGGUUGAAUGGCUCAGAGGCUCAGCUGGAACAGGUUGUAGCUGCCGUCCAGCCGCUUUUGGACGUCUACUUCCCCCCCCUGUCUGGAGUGGACGUCGUGGCCGAGCUCGGGAGCUACUACGUCUCCUCCUCCUUCACCCUGGCGGUCAACAUCAUUGGCAAGGAAGUGCUGCACCAGCAUCCAGGUGAACUGUCUCCAAACAGCGAGCCCGAGUUCCUCUACUACAUGAAUGACGGGGUGUACGGGUCUUUUGCCAGCAAGCUGUUGGAAGACACAAUCCCAGAGCCUUUGGUGCAUAAGAAGUCUUUGAGGUCGGAGGAGGCGGUGUUUCCCAGCAGCCUCUGGGGCCCGUCAUGUGAUGGACUGGACCAGGUGGUGGAGCACUGCUUGCUGCCAGAGCUGAGCACGGGAGACUGGGUCAUCUUCAGCAACAUGGGAGCCAACAGCCUGGGAGAGGCGUGCACUGCUGCACAGAGAGCUCUCGUCUACUAUGUCAUAAGUCCCGAUGACUGGUACGAGAUGCAGGAGGCUGGAAUCUCUCUGGACACCAACAUGAAGGACCUGUUAUUGGUCCCAUAUUACCACUAGCUGGCCCCGUAGGGCAGUCACUCCACCCCACAACCCCGUCCGAAAUCCCGUUCCCUCGUCCUCGAUGUCCACGGAACCGCUGGCUCAGUGCUCCAGUGCUCCACAACGGAAUUACCUCGAGCGAAGCCUUUUCCGGCUUUUCAACCUUCCUGAAGAUCUGAGGCAUGUUUUCGGCGAGAACAGACAUCGCCAUCGACCCUGGACUUGACGUCGCUGGAUUUCAGCCAGAAAAUUCCCGCCCAUAUUUCCAUGAUUUUAAAAAAUGAGGAAAAAAUGGUUUCUUCUGAAUUAGUUUACACACGUGCCGUAUAUAUUCAUCAUGAACCACACACAUUACCAUUUAACAGCCUUUUAAGUCAUUUGUCCAUUCCAACACAUACCGUCAUCUAGACAUUGUUGUGAUUUCAGCACAUAAUUAUUAUUAAAAUUAAAAUUAAUUUUUUGCUUUGAACUUGCAUAGUAAGUAAAUUCAAACUGAUUAUUUGUCAUUCUAUGACAGCCCAACCUAUUCACAAUUAUGACUAACAGUUGAUUCAGAUUGGUUAUCUGAAGUUAAAAAGCUAGAUUAUACAAAAUCAUGAGUUCGAUUUGUACUCCCCCCCCCCACCCCCCACUAAGAUAUUGUAUCAGUAGUACCCAUUGUUUCUCCACUCAGUAUUACGGAAGGUAUUGAUGUCUGUUAUGAAUGGUGCUCUUUAACCAGUUUUUGUCAUAAACUCGUAAAGUACAGAAUGGCAGUACAUUACCGUGACCUAUUAAUUUAAAGAAAAAGUGGAUGUCAGGCUGUCAUGACCAUGGAGUUGAUGGGAAAUGGAGUUUAAGAAAGUACAGAGGGCUGUUUUUUCCUGUUCAUGUUGCACUGAGGGCACUUAUGAAAGCUGGUUCGGAGAUCCAGGAGGUAGAGUUAUUCCACGACUAUUGUUUCCGGAACGUGUUCCAAGUUGGCACAGGGUAAGUGUUGCGGGCAACAUCCUGGCGGUCAGCGUCAUCCAAUGAGAUUGCAUUACCCGCAAGAAGGGAAUCUGUGAGAGGGUGGCUCGUGAGCGAUGAUGAGUUCCUCGAUUCAGGUGCACAGACUGCUGUGAACUUCUGCCCCUUUAAGUCAUGUACAGUUGAAGGUUUAAUAUGAUGAGAUAAUUUAAUUGUCCGCUGCAGUUUUUUUUUGCAAACAAAAAUCCAUCCUUGAGGGGAUAAAAAGGCAAGCUGUAAUUUAAAUCAGACAUUUUGUCUAUUGCACUAAUGGACCACAGCAUUUCUUUGUAAAAAUUGUACUUGUUAAAUAAUUAAAGUGAUUAAUUUAAUACAC